CGUCCCAGUAGCAGACAGACGCCAGUACACCGCGCGCUCCCUACGCCGGCGGUUGCGUUGAGGGGGGUGGUUCGCUCGCCGUUCCAAAUUUGUUCGAUAUAUACGUCGAUUGUAUUAUACCCUGAUUGGUGAAAACGAUGUUCCAUUUUUAAACCAAGUGUAGUGAAUGAGGCAAAAUGGCUGCGGCCAUGAUAAAGGACCGCGGACUGCGUAAAAAGUUGACACAAGAAGCGAUACCCGAGAAAACGCCUAAAAAGCCAUCCAAACGCAAAUUGACACCCAGUAGUUCCAAGAACGACAAGAAAAACGAGCAAAAUAACAACAAACGACCGAAGAUACAGACGGGCGACCCAAAACUCGAUUUGUUUUCAACAUAUCAACCAUGGGUCAUCCAAACGUACGGGGAUCUGGCUAAAACAAAAACAAUUACAUUGAAAAAGUACGCCAGGAUUCUGAGAACACUACGCGGGGAGGAAUGCAAUAGCUCUGACAGCUCGAAAUUUCGUUUUUGGGUGAAGGCAAAGGGUUUCCACGUUGGCAAACCUCCUGGAUAUGAUGCGAAACCGGCGGAUAGCAUUGUAUGCAGAUACAGCGUUGCGGAUGCUGAAGGAUGUACCAGGGGGCCAGAAGGUCAAGAAGUGUACAGCGGAUCUCAAAAUGACCCGCCACUGUACAUACCAACGCCACCCCUAAAGAAUGCACCAAAUCAAGAACCUGUAUACAGAAAAGUUGCAGUUGUAGAAAACUUCUUUGAUAUUAUUUACACGGUCCACGUAGAACUUGAAGGAAGACCCGGUAAACACGCAGGACAAAAACGCACGUACAGAACGAUAACCGAAACCUAUGCUUUUCUACCUCGGGAAGCAGUGACAAGAUUUUUAACUGGGUGUGCAGAAUGCGCGCGGCGUCCACGCAGUGCCUCCCCUCCUCCUCUGCCCACUCCCUCUCCCUCUCCAACCAGACAUCCUACUUACCUGCCGUUUUUACCUCACUGCCCACCAGACUAUGCUAGAAAUUGGGAGUCAGAAAUUGACGCCACACAAAACUACUUCGAACCUAAAUACGAUUAUACUGACCUCCAGCCGUUGAAAAAGGUCGAUAGUCCAAAACCGACUGAUGUGGAUGACCAAGAACCAACGUACAUUGAACUGACUUCGAAGAAGAUAAACGGCUUCAACGCUGCAUCUCUAUUCGAUAGAAGCUCAGUGGAACCCUUUAGAGAGGCUGAGCCUCUGCAAACUGACCCAGAAAUUGACAAAGAUGACAGCCUGAUCGACGUUGAAGAUGUCAAGUCUGACAGUCCACCCCCACUUCAGACAGAAGAGUGUAAAAAAGAAGAAUCUAGGAGUGAUAGUACCAGGGCGGCAGAUAACGAAGGCGAUAGAGCGGAAGUUAAGAAGAAGAUAACCGAAACCUAUGCUUUUCUACCUCGGGAAGCAGUGACAAGAUUUUUAACUGGGUGUGCAGAAUGCGCGCGGCGUCCACGCAGUGCCUCCCCUCCUCCUCUGCCCACUCCCUCUCCCUCUCCAACCAGACAUCCUACUUACCUGCCGUUUUUACCUCACUGCCCACCAGACUAUGCUAGAAAUUGGGAGUCAGAAAUUGACGCCACACAAAACUACUUCGAACCUAAAUACGAUUAUACUGACCUCCAGCCGUUGAAAAAGGUCGAUAGUCCAAAACCGACUGAUGUGGAUGACCAAGAACCAACGUACAUUGAACUGACUUCGAAGAAGAUAAACGGCUUCAACGCUGCAUCUCUAUUCGAUAGAAGCUCAGUGGAACCCUUUAGAGAGGCUGAGCCUCUGCAAACUGACCCAGAAAUUGACAAAGAUGACAGCCUGAUCGACGUUGAAGAUGUCAAGUCUGACAGUCCACCUCCACUUCAGACAGAAGAGUGUAAAAAAGAAGAAUCUAGGAGUGAUAGUACCAGGGCGGCAGAUAACGAAGGCGAUAGAGCGGAAGUUAAGAAGAAAUAUAAUCCGUUGGACGUUGCGAAUUUAACUUCUAAAGACCCACCUAAACCGCGUUCGCCGCCUAGAAAAAAGCUAUUGCCGUCUUCGUCAGAAAGUUCUAGUACCUUCGGUAGAUUUCCGAAGCCCUGGAGGCCAGAUGGAGGACUGUAUUACAGCGAUGACAUCGACUAUAGCGUACCGAUAACUACAGCUUAUCUGAAACACAUGAAAAAUAUGGCGAUUCAGGAGCGACUAGAUGGUGAAAAUAAGGUAAGCCUAAAUUAA